GUCACUUUUGGGUGUUAUCCUUUUUUUCUCAUACAAACACCUGCAUGUGGGACCAAAUCAUACUACGAAGCGAGCGGGUGGCUCUCAGAUUUUCAACUCGCCAUGGCAGCUCUCCCUUCAUCAUCAAACGCCAUCAUCGCUUCUCGCAUUUCGUAUUUCUCCACUCCGACUCUGGUAACGCUGUCUUCUGCCGUCCCUUGCAUACGCCAUCACCUGGGUGUUUUUCCGGAAGUGGACUCAUUAGAUAGAAAAGUGCCAAAUCGGAGUAAAAUAUCAAAGAGUUAUGCUUGCAGUUCCAGGAAAAAUCUUUGUUGUGAUAAUGGAGAAACUUCUGUUCUGAAGAGUAAAGAUUUUGCAGUUCCCAGGAGAGGGGCAGUCGCCUUGAUUUUCUCAAGUUUCGUGCUAAGAAAUUCACUAGACACCUCACUUGCUCAAUCCAUUGGAUUUAGGGAGUACAUUGAUAACUUUAAUGGCUAUUCAUUCAUGUAUCCUCACAACUGGAUUCAAGUAAGAGGUGCUGGUGCUGACAUAUUCUUCAGGGAUCCUUAUGUUCUCGAUGUGAAUCUCUCCUUGGAGAUAUCCUCUCCUUCCUCCUCCAAGUAUCAAAGUGUAGAAGAUUUGGGCCCACCCCAAGAAGCUGCAAAGAAAGCACUUCGCCAGUAUUUGACAGAGUUCAUGUCCACUAGGCUUGGCGUCAGGCGUGAAUCAAGCAUUCUCUCCUCUUCUUCAAGAGUGGCAGAUGACGGGAGGUUGUACUAUCAAGUUGAGGUGAAUAUAAAGUCAUAUGCCAACA